ACUAUAACUCAUUUUUUCCUUAACGAUAUUACUCUAUUCCUUACUUCUCCAAUAUGAAACUUUCUAUUGGAGUAGUUAAGCCAUGCAGUAGUUAUAAACACUUGGUUUUCGCCACCACCACCACCUCCACUACAACUCCUUCAGUGAAGCAGAUUUACACUACGUCUUUAGCAGCUAAAAACCCCAAAUUCUCAUGGAGUUCUGUUGAAUAUGACUCUCUCACUCAAUCAGUCAAACUAGGAAAGAAUUGGAUGGAAUAUCAGGGAAGCAACAAUUGGGAAGGUUUGCUUGAUCCACUUGACGAUAAUCUACGAACUGAAAUUCUUCGUUAUGGACAGUUCGUUGAAGCUGCUUAUCGCUCUUUCGAUUUUGACCCUUCUUCUCCAACUUUUGCCACUUGUAAAUACCCCAGGAAUUCCCUUCUCACACGCUCCGGAAUCGGAGAAACUGGCUAUAAAAUGACCAAGAAUCUACGAGCCACUGCUGGAGUACAGUUACCUAGCUGGGUUGAUAGAGCACCAAGCUGGGUAUCAACGCGGUCCAGCUGGAUUGGUUACGUGGCAGUUUGUCAGGACAAGGAAGAGAUAGCAAGGCUUGGAAGACGUGACGUGGUAAUUGCCUUCAGAGGAACAGCUACUUGCUUAGAGUGGCUCGAAAAUUUACGUGCUAACUUAGCUAGUUUACCUGAUGAUCUGGCUCGUGAUCGUGAUAAUCAUGUUAAUAAAAAAUGCAGGCCCAUGGUGGAGAGUGGAUUUCUGAGUCUCUACACUUCAAGAACAGACACGUGUCAUAGUUUACAAGAAAUGGUGAGAGAAGAAAUUUCAAGAAUUUUUGAAAUGUACGGUGAUGAACCACUUAGUUUUACCAUCACCGGCCACAGCCUAGGAGCUGCGCUUGCUAAAAUAACAGCAUAUGAUAUAAACUCAAGCUUUUCCAAUGCACCAAUGGUGACUGUUAUUUCAUUCGGAGGGCCACGUGUAGGCAACAGAAGCUUUAGAUACCAGCUGGAAAGAAGUGGGACCAAGAUUCUCCGUAUUGUAAAUUCAGAUGAUCUCAUAACAAAAGUACCUGGAUUUGUGAUUGAUAAUAGUGAAGUGGCAAACAAGCAAGCAGUUAACGUGGCAGGCAUUCCAAGCUGGCUUCAAAAGCGCGUGGAAGACACACACUGGCUUUAUGCCGACGUGGGAAAGGAGCUGAGACUUUGCAGCAGAGACUCUCCUUACCUUGGUAAAGUCAACGUGGCCACUUGUCACGAGCUCAGUACGUAUCUCCACUUGGUUCAUGGUUUCGUGAGUUCCAAGUGCCCAUUUAGAGCCUCAGUGAGGAGUGUGUGAGAAGCUGGGCUUUAGAUAGAUUUUUUUUUUUUUUGUCAA